AUGACAGGCUUUGGUCGCUCCAACUCGCUGAGUAUCAACACCAGCGGGUCGCUCUUUGGAAAUAACACCAAUACCAGUCAAGGACAGCAGAGUGCAGGGCUUUUUGGCUCUACUAAUGCAACAUCCCAGCCUGCAACAGCCGGAGGGCUUUUCGGAUCGACGUCCCAGCCUCAGUCAGGAGGAUUGUUCGGCGGUGCGUCGGCAGCAGCCUCACAGCCACCCCAAUCCGGGGGACUCUUCGGGGCCACACAACAGGCAUCACAACCACAAUCGGCCGGCCUAUUCGGGAAUCUGAACAAACCAGCAACAGCGGGAACAGGAGCCAGCACUGGCCUGUUCGGGUCUUCAACAACUGCAUCUCAACCCCAGGCAGCCGGGGGCCUGUUUGGGGGCGCUCUGGGAGGGAAUGCACAGAAUCAAAAUCAGACUCAGAAUACCCAGACGGGAGGAUUGCUUGGCUCCAAGCCAUCAUUGUUUGGCUCGUCAACAGCGCAACCUGCAGCAACAUCUUCUUUGUUCGUUGGCGGGAACGCAAACACCCAACAAAAUCAAACAACCACCCCAUCCUUAUUUGGUGCCACACAACAGAAUCAACCUCAGCAGCAACAGCAACAGAGCUCACUCUUUGGCGGCAUGGCCUCACAAAACAAGCCUCUUGGGGGCCUCGGAAACUCAACGACUGGUCUAGGUAACAACCAGCAGGCUGUUCAAUACCGCACUCUUGAUAACAUCAAAGGAACCCACCGAUUGCACGAAUUGCACCCAGAUCUCCAGGCCGAGAUACAGAAACUGGACGACACAUUUCAAUACCACAUAAGCAACUCCAUCAAACUGCGCGAGGCAAUGCUUAAAUCGGAGCAAGAAGUUGCCACUGUCGCCCCAGACGUCGUCUACGUUGAAGAGUUCUUAGCUACUAUAGAGACUGGCCUCGUGAACGACUCCACGAACAUUGCCAAGCUGAAAGAGGUGAUCAAGAAGGAUGCGGAAGAAGCCUUGCUUAGCUUCCGUGCCAUCGAGAACCAUAAACUCCCUGCACAAUUCCACUACGGCAACCGCACGAACCUCAAUGCGUCGAGUGCAAAGCCGGCAGCGAACAACUCCCUAGAUGAGGAUGACCCGAAUAAGCCCGUCGAUCUGGUUAGCUACUUCUCGAGGCGCACAGAAGACCUGGGGCGGACGCUUGAUGUGUAUCAGCACCAGAUCCGCGAAAUUGAGGCUCAUCUGCGAACCAUGGAGGCAGGCACAGUGGAGAAAGCACAGCAACUGACAGGUAGCCGCAACGGAGCUCGUGAUCAGCGCAAGGAACUUGUGGAGGCGAUGAAGGCCAUCGAGGGCGCGAUCCUCGAUGCAGCAAAGAAAGUCGGACAGACAAGAGACAUGGUCAAUCAGCAAACGCUAGGCGGUGUCGGGGGUGCAUAAGUCGCGAUGCGAGACGUUGGGAGCAGGAUGCAGCGGCUCGUCUCACUGCAGCAACGAGCUAGGAUGUACAUGUACAUCAGGGUGUCCCGGACCAUGGACACGCAUCUUCCCUGAACGUGGCGUGUUAUUGCUUCAAUUCUUUUCCUCAUUCCCUCUUCCCGAUCAGAUUUCUUCAUGCACAUCCUGGUACAUACAAAACCACGGUAGAUACCCUUGAUAUCAGAUGAGCAACGUUCUUCAGAAUCACUCUCCCGCGAGAACUCGUGAAUCUAUUAUUGAUCGAUCACCAAUAGUUGGGGCGGCUGUGUCCGAAAGCAUCAUUCAACGAAUACGACAACUGGCCCCCUUAUCUGCAAGCGAACGUGCGUGGCUGAGUGGGAGUUCAUAAUAUACCCUAUACCUCUUGUAAAAUGAACCGAGACCAAGACUCAGCGACGGUUAGGACGGCCAGAUAAGAUUUUCCAGCAUA